GUCAAAUUCGCGCCAUGUUAAAGUGUUCCACUUAUCUGGCAUUUGCGCAAAAUUUGCCGACAUGCGGUGAGAGAAAAUACCAUUCUUUUUUUUGUUUUUUUGACGAUAUUGGAAGUACACGCUGGGAACAAGCUUGGAAAAUUUGAGCAAAAAGUAAUAAGUACUAUUACCAAAAGCUUUAGAAGAUUGGUACACAUAUUCAGUAAACAACGAAAGACGGCAUGUCGGAUGACGUGAUUAUGUACUCAAGCACAUCUAAUCAAGCUAAUAAUGAUGUUGCAACCAGUUUAAAGAAUUCUAAAGAAAAUUUCGUCUCACAUUCAGCUUCAGCGGAGGAGAUGACAUCAAGGGAUUACUAUUUCGACUCGUAUGCUCAUUUCGGCAUUCAUGAAGAAAUGCUGAAAGAUGAAGUGCGUACUAUCACUUAUAGGAAUGCUAUGUACCAUAAUAAACAUUUAUUCCGGGGAAAAGUUGUUCUUGAUGUUGGCUGUGGAACCGGUAUUUUGUCUAUGUUUGCAGCGAAAGCUGGAGCAUCGAAAGUCAUAGCGGUAGAUUGUUCUAACAUCAUAGAGUAUGCUCGACAAGUAGUAAUAGACAACAAUCUUCAAGAUGUGAUUAGUGUGGUAAAAGGAAAAAUUGAAGAAAUUGAAUUACCACCUGGUAUAGAAAAGGUGGACAUAAUUAUAUCUGAAUGGAUGGGGUAUUGUCUCUUCUACGAAUCCAUGCUGGACACAGUUUUACAUGCACGAGACAAAUGGUUAAAAUCGGAUGGUAUGAUGUUCCCAGACCGUGGUACUUUAUAUAUAACAGCGAUUGAGGAUAGGCAAUAUAAAGAUGAAAAAAUUAAUUGGUGGGAUGAUGUUUAUGGAUUUGAUAUGAGUUGCAUACGAAAAGUUGCCGUGACUGAACCACUGGUCGACGUAGUAGAUCCUAAACAGGUUGUUUCAACUUCCUAUAUGGUUAAGGAGGUAGAUUUGUACACAGUUAGAAAGGAAGACUUGGAAUUCUCCUCUCCGUUUAACCUGAUUAUAAAGCGAAACGAUUUUGUACAGGCCCUUGUUACAUACUUCAAUAUUGAAUUUACAAAAUGCCACAAACGUCUAGGUUUUAGUACUUCCCCUGAGGCUACAUAUACCCACUGGAAACAAACAGUGUUUUAUUUAGAUGACUACCUUACAGUUAAAAAAGGGGAAGAAAUUGUAGGUACCUUUAAAAUGAAGCCAAAUGAACGCAAUAAUCGCGAUUUAGACUUUGUCAUCGAUGUUCAAUUUAAAGGUGAACUUUCAGAUGUCCAUGAACAUAACACCUAUAGAAUGCGUUAACAGCAAGUGUUAUAUUUAAAAAAUAUCAAAGACGAAAAACAAUUGUAUUCGAAAAUUUAAUUUUUCGAUCUUAAAAAUAAUGAACUAAAAUGUGACAAUGAAUCUGUUGUUUUAAUAAAAUAAUGUUACAGCUCGAUACAGCUGGAUUGUCAAGAUGAUAAUUGAA